AUGUUUGUAUUUUUUGCACUUUUUGCUACAUUUGCUUCAAUUGAUUGCGCCUCAGUACCAGCAAUUGCUUCAAGUACCAGCGUACCUGUAGCAAUAUUGAGCAAUACUGUUAAUUUAACUGCUGAAGGAAACUAUAAUUGGAGUUUCGAAUUAGCAGAUGGUACCAAAGCGGAACAAGUAGCCUCUGUUAAGACCGUUGAUGAAGAAAAAGUAGAAGAUAUCAAAGGAUCUUACAGCUAUGUCGAUCCAGAUGGUAACACUCACUCUGUACAAUAUAUUGCUAACGAACAUGGAUUUUUCCCUAAAGGGGACGAUAUUCAUCCAGAAAUUGCCAGCCAUCUAGUUGAACUUGAAGCAAACCCUCCACGUCUAUCAUCAAAGAUUUCAGUGUGA